AUGUUAUCUGUUUAUUAUGUUUCAGCUACAUGUAAUCCUGAUGUAUCUAUAAAAGAAGAAAUGACUGACAAUGCUGAGUCUACUGGCCAAAAUGAAGAAGGAAUUUUAAUUAAAGAAGAAAUGACAGAGGAAAAUGAUUCUAUUGUUUUGAUGGAGAAAGCAGAUGAGCUUAUCGAGGUCGUAGCAGAAACUAAGAUCCUACAUGAUGAGGAAGUUCUGACUGAUUGUUGUCAGGCUGAUUCAUUGAAACCAGAACUGCCAAAAAAAAGGAAGAAAUCUGUCCAUCACGAAUUGUCCCAAUUGAAUGCUUACCAAAGAGAGUUAGUAGCUCGACAGAGGGAAUUAGUUGAGCGGGUGCACAAAUCUAAAGUAGAUUUGCUAAACGCUGUCAGAAAACGUCAUAAGGAGGUGGAAGAACAAUUACAAUCGAACUUGUUAAGAUUAAAAAAAAAAAAAGAAAAUAUAUUGUUGAUUUAAUUUAUGUUUUUUUUUUUCUUGUUUCUUUAGAAGUAAAAUUCCUUAAUACUAGGUUUUGAGAUUGGAAAUAUUAAAAAGAAUUGGAUACCUCUAAUGUAUCAAAAGUUUGAGCUGGGUCUGAACUACGAAAUUUAUAAAAUUUGAAGAAUGGACUCAAUAAAUUUAAAAUAAGAGUUUUGUUAGGCUAUUUUUAUAAUUUUUAACCUAUCUGUCAUUUGGUGAACUAAUAUAAUUUUCAGUUUUGCUCAAAAUUUAAUAAAAAUUAUUUUUAUGAGGAUGAUAAAAUAGUCUACCUCAUGAUAAAAUAGCCCUCUCCACCCUCCCUAGGACAAAGGUGCACUGCAGCGUCACUGAGGGCUAUUGUGCGCUCUCAUAUUCUCACUUAAAACAGGCCAAAAGCUUUUGCGAACUUGUUUAAGUUGGUGGGAUCAAUCAAUUCGCAGAGCUUAGGAUCAAUGAGUGAUACAGUCACUACCAAAAUGAAAAUAUCGAAGCAUAGCCAAAUUUUCACAUUUGCAUAUAAAGUGGUAGACGAUUGUUACAGUUAUAAAUUAUUUAAUAGUUCGUUUUGAAUUAAUUAUUGCAACUGAGUGCUGUCAAUCUAUAUAACUUAUGUUACAUAGUCUGGUUCACAAUUUGAGAUAUCUAAUCCUAAUUUUGAUGAUAAAGUUAUUUCAGGAUAAUAUAUAUACGAUACAUUAAGAUUAAAAUAUUUUUGCAGUUUGAGCUAGAAAUCAUGCAAUCAAAGCUAAAAGUUUAAAAAAAAAAUUUUUUUUGAAGCAUUGGUAUAAGCGCUCCAGUGAUGGACAAAGCUAUGGAAAGUUUUGCCUUCUCUUGUCUUAGUUAGUUAUUUUAGUUAUGAACUUCUGCGUUGGAUAUUAAGAAAUUUUACUAUCUUCUUUGAAUAUUCCAUACCUUAAAAUUGAAAAAAAUUUAAGUUUUGCAAGUGUAAUCUCCAGUUAAAAUAAUCAAUUUUUGCACUAGUAAACGACACCCCAAAAUCCUAUUAUUCUAGUGAUGGACAGGGGGUUGGUAUCAGUGAUAGUCAUACCUCAGAAAAAAUCAAAAAUCUUUAUU